AUGUAUCAAAUUAUUAACUAUGAAGAAUUCAAUGAAGAAUCUAGUGAAGAAUCGAGUAAAAUUAAUUCAGAUCCAGAACCUGAAGAAACUGUGGAUCUUGUCUCAGAUAAAAAUAAUAAUGAUAAAAUUUUGGAUUCAGAAUCUUUAGAAGCAGAGUUCAGCUAA